ACAAACAUGGCUGGAGUAACAAAUUCAGGGAAGAGACUCGUCCGCUCCAAAUCUGGACUGAGAAUAAUACCCUUAAAAGACACAGACAGGAGUCCGUUUGAGUUGAGAGAACCAGAAUGGAUCCCCGACGAAAUGAGCCCAACUUGUAUGGACUGCAAGGAAAAGUUUGACUUUUUAAAACGAAGGCACCACUGUCGGAGGUGUGGGCGGGUCUGCUGCGCUUCCUGUUGUGAGACCCGACUGGCCCUCCCUAGGAUGUGCUUCCUGGACCCAGUGCGGAUGUGUUCGCCCUGUGCAGAAACCACCUCGAAGGAAAACCUGUUUUAUAACAAGGACCUGAAGACACUCAUUACAGGAGCCAUCUUAAGUCAGAGUGCACAGGAUCAGUUUGACUUGGAGUCGUCCUUGGUGCAGUGCCGAUUGUCUCCCGAUCACCGAUACUUGAUACUGUCCGGAUCACAUGUCGAUAACCUAACACCAUUGUCCAUACCAUUGCACAGGGUCACAGGCCUUCAUGUUGCCAACAGAUUCCAGGAUUCAGCAGGCAACUUCAAGGUAACAGGGGUGACAGUUCAGUAUACACUAGCUGGAGAAGAUGAAGAUGAGGUUUCCAUUGCUGCUCCUCCUGAUGCUUCGCCCUCUGCCUAUGAUUUCCUAACAGCACUGGAAAAGGCUGUCUUCAUGAUGCAGGAGGCCCGUGCUGUAAUAGGUGUAUCAGAGUGAGUGACAUGGCCAAUGGGCAAAGAGCCCAAAUGGGGCAAAGGGUAAAGAUAACAGAUAUACUGGAGAUUAUGGCAUUGAUCUGCUAGCUAGAUUCCAGGUAGUUUUUGAUGUUUUGGGUUGGAGAAGAUGAGUGUUUUAUUUGCAUGGUGGUGGGAAGUUGUAGUAAUUUCCACUAGCUGUAACAUCAUGGAAAUAUAUAUCGGUUAUUGAGAUAUGUAAAGGAUAUGAGAAUUGAGUGAGUCACCAUUUACAUUCACUUUUCAGCACAUACAAUAUUUCCAGGUAUGUUCAUGUAUCAUGUAUAUAAUCCCAAUAAAAGACCCAUUGUUCUGUGAUUAAAGGAUAGAUUAGGUAUAUGUAACUUCCGUAAGUUUUUUAUUGGUGCUUUAUCCUUUCACUGUAUAAUGUCUUUAAGGGAUGUAUAUUUGCUUAUAUAUUAUGGCUCAUUUUGUCUUUUAUCUUGUAUAGUACAUACAGAUUUUGUAAUAUAUAUUUUGUGAAAGAGAAUAUAGUCUUGUUAUUCUUAUAUGUUUGUGAAACUUUCCAUUGCCUUCAAGUUGCAUAUAAAGAGUUCAUGAAACACACAUGUGUUUGAAAGGGAGAAAAAUGAUUAGAUGGAUUAGGUCUAGAAUUAUUUUUUUUACCAUUCUUUAAGCUGUUCUCAGUGUACUGGGUUUCAUCUAAGGAAUAGCAAAUUGUAAAUUUCCUCUUUAUCCUUGUAAUGUUAAGUGUAGUCCCCCCCCCUUCCUAGUUUAUUACUCAGCAUGUCAGUGUGUGAAUUGGCAGUUUUGACUCGUUUAUCUGAGGUACAUCCACUAUGAGGAGGUUCUGUAUGUUUCAGAUUCAUGAGUCAGAGCUGGUGGCUCACACACUGGUUGCAUUGAGUAGUCAACUUGAUAUGGAGGAACUGGCUUUUACUAUGAAUAGAGGAUGUUACUAGGGAACAUACAUGGGAAAUGGUAGGACUAAAACUGGUGGUCUUAUAUUUUAUAAUUUCCUGUGUUCACAUUAUCAUGAAAAGUAGUAAGCAGUGUCAUCCAGUAGGUUAUAAAAAUGGCAGUCAUUUUUUUAUCUUGCCAUUUUCUGGAACAUUAUUUGAAAUUUUAUGUAAUAUUUAUCAACCUAAUGCCUCCAGGAACAUGCAGUGUCCACUGUAGUCUUAUUUAUGAAAUGUCUUUAAAAUUAGAUGGCUCCACAAGGGCUCAGCCACCAAGGAGUCAUUACACAACCUCACCUUAAGUUUUCUUGAUUUUUUAGAAAUACUCUUUGUCCAUGUUAUUAUUAUUAUUAUUAUUGGCAUUUUGACUAUUCCAGUGUUAUUAAGAAUAUUGAUAGUAAUAUGAAUUUUUUACAAAUAUAUCUAAAGGUCAAGGAAAUGGGUAAACAGAUGAGAGAGGUAGGGCUGUUAAGUGACUCCUUGCUGACUAAGUACCAGAUGAGCCAUCUAUGUUGCCACAAUUAGUAAACUAAACUCGCAAAUAAUGAGUUAAACAUACAUGCUAUCCCUGAUGGCAAUGGGUUAAAUGUGAUAUUCACCAAGCUACAGAUAGAACAAUAGAGUAUUGGCAUGAUACUCUAAGAUGAGCAGAUUUUACAGUUAAAUAUGGUUCAUUAGAUUUAUAGAUUGUUUAAACUAACUUAACAUAGUGUUGGCAUAGUACAGAGAAGCUGAGAAGACAGAUUUAUAACUUCAGAAUUUCGAAAGACUGAAUGACCAAACCACAUACAAAGGAAUUUUUUUAUUUUAGGCUUUUGGGCAGUAUCACACUAGUUGUUUCUAGCAUGAGUUUGUGAUUUUACAAGGAAACCUUAUAAUUGGAAUUUGAAAUGUGAUUGAUAAAAGCAAUUCAAGUGAAAUGAAUCGGUUGGUAAUAAAAAUUCCAAUUUUAGUGAAUUAAGAUAUGUGCUACUGCAGGUUAGAUAGUUUACUCAUCAUUUGUGAAUUUGAACCAUUAUGGCAAAUUAGUCUUAAUAUGUAUUGUGAAUGCUGAGAAAUCUAAUUGAAUUAGAACAUUCUUGAAAAAUUUGCUGGUUUAAGGCUAUCUUAUAUGUGUUCUAUAGACAAUCAGAAGUAUAUGAAGGUAGCAUCAAAUUAAAGAAGUACUCUAGCUAGGUAAUGUUCAUGUUAUAUUGGUAACUCAAAUGGGAGUCUUGAAUAGAACUAGGGCAAGCUGUGUAAAGUCUAUUUCAUAUUGAAUUCCAUAUUCUAAUCCUUAUAUAGCAUUGUUUCAUGUUAGGUGUCAAAAAAUUCCCUGUUGCAUGUUAUUUUUAACCCAAUACUGAUGGGUAUCAGAAAUCUCUGAGCGGCAUAAACUCUGGUGAUUUCUGGCAGUGUCCAGACGCUGAGCACAGGAGUCAGCUACAUGUAGCAAAACUUCCUGCUCCAUGCACUCUGGCGCAUCGCUGCACGUACAGCCGUACCCCGUAGACCAAGCAGUAUGUUAUGGUGCCUGUACACGGGAAGGGGUUAAUAAUUCUGAAGAACUGUGGGUGUGUUUUUAUAUUAGCAAAAAAAUCCUUCUAGAUUUCAACAGCAGAGGGAUUGCAUUACGGCACUGUGAGCAGUUGAUUCCUUUAUUUUUAGAUAAAGGAAAGACCAUUGACUAUUCAUGUUUGUUUCUGAACAGGAGAAUGUUAUGGCUGUCUGUUUGUUAUAAAGCUUCAAAGUUGUGAUGUUUGUGUGUUGCGUGUUGUCUUGCCAGUAUUCCUAUUAAUGUCUUACCUCCAUCACCAUGACUGCCUUUGAUUACGUUUGAAAGAUUUUCAGAGGUAGUUUGAAAGUGAUCAAAACCUGAUGUUGGUAACUGUUGAUAUUAUCGAUGAAUCUCUAUGUAUAGUAUUUUUUGAGCCUCUCUAUCUUCAUUCUUUUACUUACAGUUUUCUUGACUUUAAUUUGUUGCCCCUAUUUCCUACUAUCCCUUUGAAUCCACUUUCAUUUCCAGUGUUUUCUACAAAGAUAGAAUAAUGAUUAGAACAUAAGUCAGGAACACUUAAUUGUUUAUCACACCAUUUGUUGUUAGAGUAGCACACCGUAGAAUGAUACCAGUUUUGUACUUUUGUAUGGUGUGUUUAAUGGAUAUUGUCUUCUUUGACAUGCAUAAGGAGACAUGAACAUUAUAUGUUGAUUACAGUGUUUGUGUGUGCAUGUCUGUUUACAUACAUUAUCUGUCACACAUGCAUUCAAAUGCAUUCUAGUGCCAUUGUACAGAGAUUGUUUAUGUGAAUUUAACCAGUUAGUGCCAGGUACAUGCACUGUUCAAAGUAGCUUUGUUUUACCUGUUGCUUCAUAAGCAUUCAGUUGCCAAGGCGUCAGUUACUAGGCCUUUCUGGUCUCAGCAGAUUACUCCAUUUCCUGAAUAUUUAGGGAAAAAGUUGUUAUCGGUGUUGCUGUUGUUGUUGUUAGUAACAUCUUUUAAAAAUCUUUAUUAUGUUCUCAACAGUAAUAAUAGUAAUAAAGAUAAUUUUAUAUCCUGAAAAUUCAGGAAAUGGGAUAAACAUGUGAGAUAAGGUAGGCCUAGUAACUGACUCCAUGGUAACUAAGUGAUUUUGCAACCAACUAUGUGUAACAAAAAAUAAUAAAACAAACCACAUUGAAUCUUGCAUGGCAUUAAUAGGUUAAAAACACUGUAAAUACUUUUAGGCAGUAAACAUUUUAGAACUGUUAUUGAAAAUAGCAGAACCUAAGAACAAAGUGUUUUAGCCAUGAAGUAAGCCAUACUAAACAUUGCACACAAUACUGAAACCAGUUAUUCAAAUUUGCCAUGGAAUUGUGCCUAACUAGAAUGUAAUAUCCAGUUGUAUUUGCAUCUUCCUAUAAAGUAACCAGACUAAUACAUUCUGCAUAGCUAGUGCUGAGUGUCUCCAUGGAAUUGAUAAGGAAACAGAAUAAAAAAUUAUGGGUCUUGCCAAAAGUAAUGAAAUUGGGCUUAGUGUGUAAGUUGGAAGAAAGUGUAGAGGGAUCUACGCGGAAUGCCAUAUUAUAGAAUAGGGGAGCUAUAUAUUCUAAAAUGAACAGCAUUUUCAUCACAGAUAUUUUGGGUUAAUUUCCACCCCACCCUCCCCUUCAGGGAUCUCACAGAUGGAUGCAGAGUCAUGAAAAGAGUCAUGUAAGUGAGAUAUGUUUAGGAUAAUGCUUUUAAUGCUCUUGCCUUUACCAAAAGUAAUUACCUUUUCCUACUAGCCCAAAAUUUGGAAAACAUUCUGUGUUCUUGUUUUUACUGAGAGCCAUGAGAUAAAGCAUAAUGUACAAAAUGUAUGAAUAAUGAAAGGAAUUAUAAAAGUAAUGUGUUCAUUUAAGGAAAUGGAAAUUAAUAAUCUGAGAAAAUUCCCAAUAGAUAUAAAUAUAUGUAAAAUAUAGAUAUACCAAAAUAUAUGAUCUUUAGUUCUAGUGCUAAGAGCUAGAAGGACCAGUGUCAAAAAAGGCCAAUUUUGAGAUAAGCCUACCACCAAACUGGAAAUUUUUGUUUUGGUUAGUGUUAUCAAAGCAUCAUUGCACUAAGAACACCACAUGAGCUUUGCUUCGAAAUCCAAGGUCACUGAAAAUCUUAUAACCUGAUGUGUGACAGAUUGCCUCAAAUGGUUGCAUUUUCAAGACAUAGCAACCAAAAGCUUCAGGUUGGCAGCUUUUACUGUUUGAUAUUUUCCUUAAAGUCAAUGUGCCAUUUUCAGUAUACAGGUAAUAGAUUUUACAGUUACAGAAAGGGAAAAAAUAGGUGAUGGGAAUGUAUUGCAGAAGUGUCAAAGGAAGUGUAUUUGUUUGUAUUUUUGAGCUAUAAAUUAGUAGAAGACUUUAGAAAGUGUAUUAGGAUGAAUGGGUUAAAUGUCAACAGCAGUAAAUAUCUUAAUUUAUUAAUUACUAGGCAAAAAAUACAUUUUUUGCAAUAUUUGUUUUGAAAGCACUGCUGUAAAAAAUAUUAUACGAUAUAUCUUUUCAUUAUGAAAAAUUGUUGUAAUUUUCAUUGUGUAAAUAAUGUCUUAAAAAUGAUUAGACUGAUGCAGCACAGUUUGUUUAGUCACAGAAAAAACUCUAAAAUUAUAGGGGAUAGUCACCAGGAGGAUAGAUAUAUUGAGUGGUAAGUGCAUGUCUGAUUAAAGGUUGGUACCUCUGUAUCAGGAUUCUUCUUUAGAUUUUAGAGAAAAGGUAAAUUUGCAAAAGGGGUAGGAGCAUUAGCAAGGGAAAUUUGCCAAGUGAUUUGGCAUUUAUCCUCAUUUUGUUUAUAUUCCUUUCUCUUCUCACAUAUACAUUUGUUUCUCUUAUCAAUUCCUCUUCCCAUCACUCUUCUCUUUGUUGUCGUGUUUUAGCUACUACUGCUAGUACCAAUUCAAAUACUAAUAUUACUAAUGCUCCAAAUUUUGCUUUUGAUGCUGUCAUUACUAUUAACUCUGUAACAGACACUUAAGAAGGCAAAUGGAACCAGCCAGAUUGGCCCAUGUUGUUAUUCUGUGCUGUUUUCAAACAAUCCCUAACUAGUGAUUAAAAGCUUUUAAAGUGCUAUAACAUUUGAAACAGGAAUGUAAUUUAUACCCAAAAGAGACACUUAAAGCUGGUAGGCCCAAGUUCUCCAUCCCCAUAAUUUACCACUCAAACCACAUCCAGUGUCUGUCACUACUAGUGUAGCUGCAACAGCUGCUAGCAUUGCCUGCUCUUUCACAAACUUAAGCAUUCUUGCAGUAUGCUAUAGCUAUUAGUAUUACUUUUACCAUAGCCAAAAUUACUAUUACUCAGCUACUGAACCCUCCUUUUUUUUAUGCUAGACAUUGCUAAGUACUUAGAAUAAGCUUUAAUGAGUUGGAAUACUGAUGACAGCAACUCUACAGCCACAGUGAAUUGAGAAAUUUUUUAAUUUUUAUUUUUAAGAAUGUAUUUUCAAAGUCUCUUAUUAUUUCUCAGUUUGCAGACUGUUAAUGUUGUUUAUUGUUAAUGCAUGUUAUGUUAUCUUCAUUGUUAACAGGUGAUGGAAGUUGGUAGAUAGAGGGAAUUUAUUUAUUAUAUAUUAUUGAGGCUAGGAUAUGAUGCUCUAAUAUAUAUAUUUGUUUUUUUGUAUAAAAACCAUUUAACCUAUUGCUGCAAGUAACAUGUAAUGUUAACUGUAGUUCUGUUUCGUGAAAUGUGUUUAUGCAUAGAUGGUUCCAUAAGUGCUCAGCCAACAAGGAGUCAAUUAGUAGGCUGCAUUACCUCAGCUGAUCCCCCCCCCCCUUCCCCCCAUGCUAAUAAUAUUAUAUUGAUAACAUCAUUAUUAUAAUGAUAAUAUCAGCAAUAGUAAUGGCAAUAUGAAAUUUAAAAUACGGUUUCUUUAAAUCAAGGAAAAUGGCAAAUGAGAGAUAUGUAGAUCCACGUAGAAUGAGCAGGUGAUUGAUUCCUUGGUGACUGAUUACUUGUGGAGCCAUCUAUCUGUAAUUACAAUUAAUAAACUAAACUUACAGUAGGCAUGGCAUGUAUGUACAUGCCAAUCCCUGGCAGCAAUGGUUUACAGUUCAGGUCUUUGUUCUUGUUACUGAAGAAAUAAACGUCAGUAACCUACUGCACAAUUUUA